AUGCACGAUAUGCCAGCAUGGGUUCAGCAGUCCAUGGUGCAACAGGACGCCUGCGACGCUACCGCAACAGCUAGCUUCCCGGUUGCUGAAGACACGUGGGAUAGUAGCAGCCUCCUACCUGCGGCAGAUCUCAAUCAUGUGGCGCAUGAUGUCGUUGGAACUGCAUGCCUUAGCGUCGGAGACGAUGAGCACGUCAGUCUCGGUAGACAACCAUUCCCGAACUCUACCUCGGAAGCCCCGGCUGUUUCUGAGGAAGGAAGGAGGGGCGAUGCCGGAGACUCUGGCUCCGCUCGCACAUGUUCCUGCCCUGUCUGUCUGGAUCUGCACACUAUAAAUUGGUUCUCAUCCAAAGCUCCAAGCCCUGGCUUGGUGCCGAGAGCACAAUAUUCCUGCCGUCUACCAGCCUGUGACUGGAUGGCCCGAGGUCUUGACGGCGCGACAGUGAAUCGCUACACCAAUGCACUAUCCCGGCACGAGAAGUCCCAUUUCAGCCAAAAGGGACGAUUCAUUUGCUUCGAAGAGCAUUGCUAG